CUGACACCUCGCCACAAAGAUCCUUCUAUUUUAGCUACAUGUGCACGUUAUGGAAAUUACGUUGUGCGUUGUCAUUCACGGGCUCCUGAUAACUGAACAAAUCUCGAAUCGACAAAACGAAUCAUCAAUACCACGAAUAUCAACUGCUGCCUCUGUCUCUCUCUCUCUUCACAGAUAGAAUACACGAGACUUACAAAAGUACCACAAGGAUUGUACACAGCUGUCGAAGAUGUCGGAUGGUGGAAGAGCGGUGUCAGAGAAGAGGAAACCUGACCAAAACGAUGACGUUGAAACGGGGUCACAGAAAAAGGCGCGGGAAGUUAACGGAGAAGGGGCAGCUGUGACGGAGGAGGAGGUCGACGAGUUCUUUGCAAUCGUCAGAAGAAUACAUGUGGCGGUUGAUUACUUCAAGAAGAGUAAGGGCGUCGGUGAAGGACGUAACUUAACCAACAGAGGUGCGUUUGAGUGGGAACUCACUAACGCUGAAAAUAACGGCGUUACAGAGGUGAUGACAACAGUGACGAACGACGCACAGAAAGUUUUGGGCUUGGAUUUAAAUGCUGAUCCUGCUACAGAUCCAUAGAUGCUUUAAAUGGGCUUUGUUUCUUUUUUAAGUGCUGUAUCGGAUGAAUUUUCAGUUUUUUAUGGAUUUGAUUUUUGUGAGAA